AUGAACGCAUCGAGGAAACUGGCAUUCUCUGCAAUAUCUAGUGGAACUAAGCCUACGAUGGCUGAAGUCGUCAAAGGUAAUAGAGAGCAAAACAUGGGGCUUAAGCUAAAUUACUACCCACCGGUGAUGAAGGAUGUAAUUAAAAUAGUAAAGCUAAACCCCCAGGAAAUAGCUGAGCAAAACCAGAAAUGGAGUCGAGCUUUAAUUGGGAAUGUAAUUGUUGGAAAUCCUACUUUCAAAGAAAUGCUCAAAUUUAUUUAUAGAGUAUGGAAUUAUGUUAGUACACCGCAGGUUUUCCUUCAUAACAAUGGGUAUUUCAUUUUUAAAUUUAAUAAUGAGGAGGACAAGGAAGCAAUUCUUAAGCAAGGGCCUUAUACUUUCAACUAUAGACCAUUUAUCCUAAAGCAGUGGGAUCCAGAGUUCCAAAUGAAUAAGGAACCUACCCAACUUAUUCCGAUAUGGGUGAUGUUCCCAAAUCUACUAAUCCAAUUUUGGGCUCCUGGUAAUUUGGAGAGAAUAACUAGUUGUAUAGGGAAGCCUAUUUGCAUAGACAAAUUAACAGCUCAAGAGCAAAGGAUUGCAUAUGCUAGAAUACUGAUAGAAAUAGACAUAUCUCAACCUCUACCAGAGUCGAUCUCUCUUGAGUUACCUGAUGGAACACAUUACUCACAGAAUAUUGAGUAUGAGUGGAAGCCACUAUUCUAUCAGGACUGUUUGAAAGUUGGGCAUAACACAAGAGAUUGCACAAAGCCAGCAGAACACAAGGAGCCUAGAUAG